GCUGGUGUCAUUAGGCGAUAGCUAUUGAAUCAUUCAAUCUGAAUUCGUCGUUCUUUUUUCCUUGGCAAAUUUCAUCCUCUCUCAGGUCAUUUCCAUGGUUUUCAGAUCGCCUUUAGAGCUUUAUCCCUCUCAUUUCUUCCUGCCAAACUUUGCUGAUCGCCCUCUGCUCUUGGCGAGCAGCGCGCCCAGCACCAGGUCUCCUGAAGACUUGUCAAUGUUUCAGCUACCGACCUUAAACUUCUCUCCAGAGCAAGUGGCGAGCGUCUGCGAGACGCUCGAGGAGACCGGGGACAUCGAGCGCUUGGGUCGCUUCCUAUGGUCGCUUCCAGUGGCGCCGGGCGCUUGCGAAGCGAUCAACAAGCAUGAAUCCAUCCUACGUGCCCGAGCCGUGGUUGCCUUCCACACGGGCAAUUUUCGCGAUCUCUACCACAUUUUGGAGAACCACAAGUUUACCAAGGACUCGCAUUGCAAACUACAGGCAAUGUGGCUAGAGGCUCACUAUCAGGAGGCCGAGAAAUUACGCGGACGUCCCCUAGGACCGGUUGAUAAGUAUAGGGUGCGAAAGAAGUUUCCCCUGCCUAGAACCAUCUGGGACGGUGAGCAGAAGACGCACUGUUUCAAAGAGCGGACGCGGAGUCUGUUACGGGAGUGGUACCUUCAAGACCCCUACCCAAACCCCAGCAAGAAAAGGGAACUGGCGCAAGCCACUGGACUCACUCCUACACAGGUCGGAAAUUGGUUUAAAAACCGGAGGCAACGAGACAGGGCAGCGGCAGCAAAAAACAGGCUCCAGCACCAAGGGCAGAAUGGCAUGCGGUCCCUUUCAGAAUCCGGCUGCACCCCACGUAGUUCGGCGGAAUCACCAUCAACUGCGGCCAGUCCAACCACCAGUGUCUCCAGUAUGACAGAACGAGUCGACACGGGCACGUCAAUUCUUUCAGUAACAUCAAGUGACUCGGAAUGCGACGUAUGAUACGCAAAAAGAGAAAUAUAUACAGGAAAUAUGGACCUGAAUAAACUUUAUGAAUUAUCGGGAAAAAGGACCAAUUGAUAUUACUAUUAAAAAAGGAAAAAACAGACUAAACAAAACAUAAAAGCACGUCUUUUCAAGCGCUUUCAAUGGACCCCACACCUUUCCCCCACCCCAUCACUUGCAUGAUAUAUAUAUAUCUAUAUAUAUUUUUAAUUUUUUGUAUAUGGGGGAAAUGCCCCACGUUUGUUGUGUCUGCCAGGACCACCGCAAAGAGGGAAUUACAAGAACCCGGUGUCCAUCGCCUUUUUUCUGUUUUAGUCCGAGUGACGACGAGCAGCCAGGAUGCAAUCCUCUUUUCCUUUAUGUUCAUCAGACAAUCAUUUAAGUCGUAAGCACCUUUUUACUACACUUCUGUCACUGCCUGUGUGGGGUACUGGUCAAUUGUGGAACUGAAUCGUUAUGACUGUAUCAGAUUUUUAUUUUUAUUUCGAGAUUUUAUAUUGAAUUAUGUAUAUCUUAAAUAAUGCGAUCAUUCUCCCAGUCUGUAAUAUAUGUGUAGAAAUACGCCUGUAAAUAAUACUGCUCUACCGCCUUCAUUCUCUUUUCUAUCCAUGUUCACUUUUCUUGAC